UCUUAUCACAAAACAAAUUGCCGUAAUAUUCAGGUAGUAUUCAGCGAUGGAAAGGUAGUGAAUAGCGCACAGGUAUGCGAGGGGAACGGUAUGGAGAAGAUUAGGGGCGACUCGAUAUACUGGGUCAAUGGUAGUGAACCCAAUUGCCGAUUCAUUAGCCAUUUGAUGACUACAUUGGAUCGCAUUAUAUUCAAGUGCAACAAAAUGAAUAACAAUGGCUUAAUGGGCAUCAAUAGCAUAUCAUCCCGCACAUCAGCUAUGGUCGCGUGUUAUCCUGGUCAAGAGUCGAGUUAUAAACAACACGCUGACAAUACCAUUGCUGAUGGCAGAUAUAUCACGUGCAUUUACUAUAUUAACAAGGGUUGGGUGCCCCAGAGGGACGGCGGUCUACUGCGGAUCUACCCGUCCCAGGUGUCCGGCCAACAGCCGCUCAACAUAUCGCCAGAGUUUGAUCGCCUGAUCUGUUUCUGGUCGGACAGACGUAAUCUCCACGAAGUGUUGCCCACAAAGAGGUUGAGGUUUGCGAUCACUGUCUGGUAUUUCGACGACGAGGAGAGACGCCGUUUUCGGCAGAGAAAACUACACCAGACACCUUGACAAUAGUGUGUACACCCGACCCUCUCAUCCAGCAUACCCGUCCCCUAUCAUACAGUGUACUGUAAAAUAUGCCACAGAAUCUCAUUGUAUACUCAAAAAUCACUUUUUAUUUAUACGACUAACGAGAAUAACUUUAUUAACUCGGAGAUUAUUAGUGCAAAUAUUUUUUAUUUACUUCAUUUUUAUAAAGUCAGUACACUAUUUGCCCUGAACAUUAAUUGCAC